AUGGCUUCCGAGUUGGGGCUCACGAUCCAAGGCCAGCGCGAAAGCGGCGCAGAUGUGCGGUCGGCCAAUGUCACAGCAGUCAUGGCCCUGGCGAACAUCCUGAAAUCAUCCUUGGGACCGCAAGGCCUGGACAAGAUGUUGGUGGAUGACAUCGGUGAUGUGACAAUCACCAACGACGGUGCGACGGUCUUAAAGCAGCUCGAGGUGGAGCACCCGGCAGCGAAGGUUUUGGUCGAGCUGGCCAAUCUGCAGGACUCAGAAGUGGGGGACGGGACAACCUCUGUCGUGAUCAUCGCUGCCGAGCUGCUAAAGAGGGCAAAUGAUUUGGUGAAGAACAACAUCCACCCCACGACGAUUAUCGCGGGAUACCGCAUCGCCAUGCGCGAGUCCAUCAAGUACAUACAGGAGCACCUCAGCUUGAAGGUGGACACGCUGGAACAGGACACCUUGAUGAACAUCGCCAAGACGUCGCUGUCCUCCAAGUUCAUUGGCUCGGAGAGUGCCGUGUUUUGUCAGAUCAUCGUUGACGCGGUCAAGGCUGUGAAGAUCGUGAAUCCGCUGGGCAAGGCAAAGUACCCCGUGAAUCAGAUCAACGUUCUCCAGUCCCACGGCCAGAGUAGCCACGAGUCCACGCUGAUCCCCAACGGGUAUGCCAUGCGGAUAAUGAGGGCUUCGCAGGAAAUGCCUGCCUGGGUUGCACCAGCCAAGAUAGCCUUGCUGGAUUUUGACCUGAAGAAGCAUCGCAUGUCCAUGAACGUUAACAUCGUCAUCGACGACCCGGAGGAGCUCGAGCGAGUGCGGCAGAAGGAGAUGGACAUCACCAAGGAAAAGAUCCAGAAGAUCCUGGACACCGGGGUGAAUGCAAUCUUCACCACGAAGGGCAUCGAUGAUUUUGCGAUGAAGUACUUGGUCGAGGCUGGCGUCAUGGGAGUCCGCCGGGUGGACAAGAAGGACAUCAAGCGCAUCGCCAAGGUAACGGGCGCUCAGGUGCUCCUGACUUUAGCGACAGUUGAGGGCGACGAAGCUUUCGACGCCAGCUAUGCAGGUGCUGCAGACGAGGUCAUCAACGAGCGUGUUGGCGACAACGACUUCGUUUUCAUCAAAGGAUGCAAAGCGAGCAAGGCCUGCAGUAUCCUUCUCAGAGGGGCCAAUGAGUUCAUGCUGGAGGAAGCGAGCAGAUCGGUUCACGAUGCUCUCUGCGCCGUGUCGCGGACGCUCGAGUCCAAUGCGGUGGUUCCAGGUGGGGGAGCCGUCGAGACCGCGCUGAGUCUGCACCUGGAGGAUCAUGCGAGAACUUUUGACACCUACGAGCAGUGGGCCAUUGCAGAGUUUGCUGAGGCGCUGCUGACCAUUCCGAAGACGCUAGCGAUCAACGCGGCCCUGGACGCCAUUGACCUGCUUGCAGCGCUGAGGGUACGGCACCAUGCAUCGCAGCAGGCCUCCGACCCCAAGAAGAAGGACUACAAAUGGUAUGGCCUCGACCUGAUCAAUGGCACCGUCCGGAACCAGGUGGUGAACGGGGUCCUGGAGCCGAUGGUCUCGAAGCUGAAGUCCCUCAAGUUUGCCACCGAGGCUGCCAUCACCAUCCUGCGCAUCGACGACCUGGUGAGAAUUGCACCAGAUCCGCAGGAUGAGCAGUGA